CCCGAAUAAUACCCACUUGCAUGCUCGACUGGCCUUAUGUCGCAGGCGACUCCAUUCCAUACCACAGGAACAAGAAACACCCGGAUAAGUGAAAGUCUGGAAGGGCGGGAGCGAGAGAAACUUGCAGAGAAAGAGAGAGCCUGGAGGUGAGACGAGCUCGAGGAAGAGGAGUUACUAAUGGCUAUGGAGUCUCUGAUCAGAGUGCCUCCGCUAACCACUGCCGGUAAAAGUGGCGCGGAUGGCCUCCUGAGUUCUUGGGCUUCGCCGUUUCGGAGAAGCCGCGUCAGCUUCCGGAAGAGGCAGCUGAUGACGGUGGAAGCGAAAGGAAAGAGAGGAGCCAUGGCUGCACGCCAGUUUCAGCGCGCUCCUCCUCCCCCUCUUCCUAAGAUCGAAGACGAUGGCAACCCCAAAUUCGUCAUCUUCAUCCGAACCGCUAAUGUCUAUCUGUGGUACCCACUAAGCCUAAUAACUGGUGGAACUACAGCAAAAAUCAUGGUUGCAGCCAAAGAUAACUUUCUUGGAAAGCACAUUUACAAAGAUACCUUAGCCAGAAACCUUGCAGCUGUUAUCUACAGAGAUGAGAAGGAAAUUCAGAAGACCGCAUUUAAGCAAUACCGUGUUCUGAGAUCAGCUAAAGAAUUCAGAUAUGGCUACAAGCUUGUUGAAAAUAGCAACAUACGUUCAGCUCUUUCCACAUCUGAUGUUAUUGAGCUUCCAAGGCAAGAAGAGCUAAAAACUGUUCUUGAUAAAGUGAAAGAUUUCAUUGGUGAAACUACAAGUGGUGCAAAGGAAUCCUUCGGCAAGCUUACUUCCUUGGGUUCUAUGACAAUUGAUGAUCCAGAAUCAACUACGAAAACAAAGAGCUGAUUGCAUCAGUUUCAGUUAAGCCAUGGAUGGUUGAUUGUGAUAAAAAGCACGGACAAUUUUGUAAAGUUACGUGAUCUUCAUAAAGCCUCUCUCUUGUUUAGUGGAUUGGUUUGUAAGUAUUUGGACACUUUUCGUGCUGUAAAAGUCCAAGUGAACAUGCAAAAAUUGAAACAAUUCGACUGUAUUAUAUGAAAAAGAGUUGAUAGGAUCUGUUGAUAA